UCUAACUGACUCUGUAUGUUUUCAGGAUGUGGUGGCUCCUGCUGGUAGUAGCAGUGACAGCUGAAGAGUGGAGAUGUCCUGAAAUAUCUAACGUCUCAUGUUCCUGUGAUCUGCCACACACUCUCCGGUGUACAGGUGGACGUGAAGCAUUGCCCACCGUUGCAGCAACCCUACGCUCCUUAUCACCCUCAGCCUCCGUGUCUUUGCUAGACUGUACAGUACAGAACGUCUCCUUCCUGCCAGGUCUUCUGCUUCAGAACGUAAGUCUGCACGGUCUGGUGGUGUCGUCAGGAGAGUUACGACAUGUUUCUCCUGACGCGUUCACAGGUUUGACGACACCUCUGCAGGCACUCGGCCUCCCCAACAAUCAGUUAGACUCUGUCCCGACGUCAGCUUUCCGUGGACUUCUGCACCUAGAGAGACUAGACCUUUCCCACAACAAGAUACAUCGGAUACACAACAUAUCCUUCGAGAAUCUCACGAGUCUGACAUUUCUUGACCUCAGCGAGAACUUGAUCAGCUGGAUCUCUCCCGACGCGUUUGUUCCUCUCCCGCUGCUUCAUACGUUGCGUCUGCAGGGCAACAGACUGACGGUGGCCGUGGUGGCCAGCCUGCAAGGACUGCGGAGUUUGCGGGAACUCGAUCUUAGCGGGAACUCCCUCGCUGGUCCCCUAGGGCCUAGCACUCUACCAAGGUUGCCUAACCUGAGUGUGCUGUCGCUGGCUCACAAUCAGCUGAGCAGUGUGACCCGAGGUGCGUUGGCAGGCCUGGAUGCUCUCUCUUCUCUCUCCCUCCAUCACAACCAGAUAGAUGUAUUAGAAGAUCACGCUUUCAGAGCCAUCGCGACACUUGGAGAGCUCAACCUUGCUCAUAACAGGAUUGUUGCUGUGUCAGGGGCAUCUCUUGCCCAUUUGGCAGGCCUAAAAAAACUCGACAUUGCCCACAACUUCCUACGAGCCAUCACCUCUGAUUUGACCCAACCUCUACGCAACUUGACCGAGCUCAGACUCGACGACAACGAUAUCUCAAUGGUUGCUACAGACGCGUUCUCCUUCAACAUCAGACUAAAGAGGUUCACACUUUCAGAGAACCCUCUGAACUGUGACUGCAACCUCUCUCAGUUCGCUUCAUGGCUGAGAAAUUCCUCGACAUUGUCAACAGCUGACAAAGCGACAUCUGUGUGUGCGACUCCUCCCUCGCUCGAGAAUGGACUUGUCGAAGAGUUGUCAGCCAGCGAGCUAGUGUGCGGCGGACAAGAGGAAUCACCAAUCCCGUCCGAAACUCCCUUAGGCACGCCGAUGCCCGUGUCAGGAACUCGUGUGGCCCUUCGAGGCUUCCAAUUCGACGGUUCAAAAGUGUCAUUACUGUGGAGUGUAGAAGCAAGUGCGCUUACGUAUUCUUGCGACGCGUUAUUCAUCUACGAAGAACUCGGUUUACACGAGAUUCUUUUGGAAUCGAACCCACUGAAGUGCGAUUCUUCUCAACUAGUCGAUCCCAAGACUCUCUCCAUCACUCUCUCUGCGUCAGAUUUACAGUUGGGUCAUCGCUACAGGUAUUGCGUUGUUUUACUCGAAGGGGGCGGCAACGACGAAUCAGCCUUGGUGCUCGGCUGUAGUGAAAUCAUUCCUUUGCUUCCGACAGUGAAGACGAAUCCUGUAGCAAAGACAAAGUCGUACAUAACCUCACUGGAAGCUAACCUAACUGACAUGGGCAGUUUGAUGGUCUCCACUCACAUCUGGAAGGACAAAUCGGACGCUCACUGUUUGCUCACCAUCACUGUGUUUGUGUCCGGGACUCUUGUGGCUCAGAGGCAUCUCAACUGCUCACUUCCCUGGGCCGUGAUCCACGGUCUACCUCAGGGGCCGUACCAAGUCUGUGCCACCCUCGGGGACUUUCCUCCCACGGAACCCAAGACCCGGUGUCUCACAGUGUCUCAGCCGGCGACAGCUCACGCCAACACGACGCUGAAUCUCGUUCUCACAGGACUUUUGUUCCUCCUCAGCAUGGUGUUGAUCCUUGCCGUCUACCACUCUGUGCGAAAAAUCCUCAAGAGGCCGAAAAACCAUCAGUGUUUCCUCCCUGUGGCCCAAACCGAGGACCAGCACGCGAGAUGGCCAGAGACUGUGUCAUAAAAUUUCAAGAGCUUCUGUUUACAUCAGGAGAAUUAGGACCGAUCUUCAGUCAACUUCAUGUUAGAAACAUCGCUAGUUGUUAUCUUUUAGUUUUAUAAACUUGAAUCAUCUAAUGUUUAGUAAAAUCUACUCCUGCUUUUACCCCAGAGAAUACACAAAUCCUGCGAAAGUUAGGUGGUAUAGAAAGUUUAUCUAGAAAUAUGAUUUCAUUUUCAACAUUGAUUACGUAAAAUAUACCAGUAGCCUAUUUGUUAAAACUAUAUCUUAUCAUUUAAUGGUACAAGUGACUAUUCCGGAAAAAAUAGUCUAGUUAAAAUUAAUUUUACUAGUCUUUUCCACUGUUCAUCAAUGUUGAUUUUAUAAACAGUAAUUUAUUUUAAUGGAGAAUAACUGUUGACAGCUAAAUCAUAAUUUCUUUCUCAGUUUCUGUUGCAAAAACAAUGUUGACAUUAUGAGUAUUGAUUUAAUGAAAAAACACUAAUAAUUACCUAAAUAUUGAACUUAGCUUGAUUAAUAACUAAAUGGUAAAAGAUAUAGCUGAAUGUAUUUUGGUUCAUGUUUGAAUAAAAAAUAACUUAAUCAAAAAAUCUAAAGGAAAACUGUGUGCAAAGUUUAUUUGAUAAAAUCAUUUCCUUUUGAAUGGAUAAUUCUAUAAGUGUUCAAAAAUGUUUACUCAUUCCAUAAAUAAAUAUAAAGUGUAAAUAGUAUUUAUAGAAUGCAAUGUAAUAUAAACAUUGUAUAACACGUUAUGCUGUGAUCUAACAUAGUUUUAUGUACAAUAAACCUGUAUUUUAUGUAAUAAGAUGUAUAUAAAGAGUAAUAAAUGGUAAGAAUAUAACUGUAAAAUGUUAUCAAAUAAGGUACGUAACACCUUCAUUGGUUAGAACUAGUUAGCUUUCAUUGUAAUUAAAGUUACCAUACUAAUCAAUGAAUUUUAAAAGUAAAAUUGUCAUUACUGUCUACACUAUUAUUGAGAAAAUGAUUUAUCAUUUAAAGAUUUUCCAAUUCUGAUAUUUUGUAAUUCACAAUGUAAUAGUUAUGGAUUUUAGAUGUUAAAUCUUAAAAUUGCAAUUAAAGAUGUAUUGGCCUACCUAUAUUAUACAAAUUAAAAAUAUUAGCAUAAACUGCUAAACAAUACUAAAGUUUCUUUACAGUUUUAAAGUCUAAAAACCAGUUUAAUUUAAGGUGGAUUAUUAUUUUUUUAAUACAUAGAAAAAAUACUUUAAUUGUUUUAGUAGAUAAAAUAUGGUUUGUAAAAUAACUUCCAAGUACCAUUAAAGAACCGAUGAAAAUCAUCAAACAAUAUUGUAGCAAAAUAUAAAAAGUGUAAAACAAACUGAAAAUUCUAAUAAGUAAUUCCACAAGGAACUUCGAUGUUACAAAUCAAUCAUUUUUAACAUGGCUACUAAAAAACUUAAGUAAAAUGUAGAAAAUGUAUUCAACUUCACCUAUUUUACCAUUAAUUGUGUUCUGUGUGUUGUAGAAUUUAGACAAGACUUGUGUUCAUAUUGUUUAUAAGAGAGAUUAAAAAUGUAAUUAUGUACAUAGAUUUAACAACAUAAAGGUAAGACUUUAUUUACCCUGUAAAUAAAUGAUUUGUUAAAACA